AUGCAGGCAUUUGUUCCAAGGUCGUACCUGACCCCGGUGAGGGAUGAAGAAGCGGAGUCCCAGAGGAAAGCAAAGUCUCGUCAUGCUAGACAGACCCGCAGGUCAACACAGGGCGUGACUCUGACAGACCUUAAAGAGGCUCAGAAGACCAUCGGCCUGUCUCCUGCAGAGAGACAGACGGAGGAAGGGAUCUGUCUGAGGAAAGGCUCGACAGAUGACAGGAGAGUCAGAAUCAGCCCGACAGAAUCCACAGGAACAGAGAUCAGUCCAAAAUGGAGCAAACUGGACGAGCAGGGAAACAUUGAACCCAGGUUAGAGACCAUCGCUGAGUCUCCGAUGCCAAACCUUUCAUACUCGUCUAUUGCUGGAUCCUGUGGCCUGCUUUACAGCAACACCUCAUUCAGAGCGGGUGAGAGGAUGUGGAGAGAUGAAAAUCAGAACCCUGUUGAAAAUGCAGCAGAGAUGAUCUUUGCUGCAACGCUUCAACAGAAACGACAUUUCUGUGACCGUUCAGAAUACAACACUGCAGAGUACCACUAG